AUGUUGCUCCAGAGGCUCCCCCCAGCAGAGCACCGCAGGUCAUUCUGCACCCUGUCCUGUCUGAGCCAGGGAACGAGGGCAACCCUUUACUUCAAAUCGAAGUCGAACCCACAUCAGACAACGAGGAGGGCAACGACGAGGACUCCGGCGACGAGUUCGAGGAGAUGAACCUGUCGCUCCUGUCGGCUCGCAACUUCCCGCGCAAGGCCAGCCAGACCAGCAUCUUCCUGCAGGAGUGGGACAUCCCCUUCGAGCAGCUGGAGAUCGGAGAGAUGAUCGGCAAGGGUCGCUUCGGCAAGGUUUUCCACGGCCGGUGGCACGGCGAGGUGGCCAUCCGCCUGAUCGACAUCGAGCGCGACAACGAGGACCAGCUGAAGGCCUUCAAACGCGAGGUGAUGGCCUACCGCAACACCCGCCACGAGAACGUGGUGCUGUUCAUGGGGGCCUGCAUGAGCCCGCCGCAUCUGGCCAUCAUCACCAGCUUGUGUAAAGGCAGGACCCUUUACUCCGUGGUGCGGGAUGCCAAGGUUGUCCUGGACGUUAACAAGACCCGACAGAUCGCACAAGAGAUGGUCAAGGGGAUGGGCUACCUCCACGCCAAGGGGAUCCUACAUAAAGACAUGAAGUCCAAGAACGUGUUUUAUGACAAUGGCAAAGUUGUCAUCACCGACUUUGGACUCUUCACCAUAUCUGGGGUUCUGCAGGCUGGCAGCCGGAGAGAAGACAAACUGAGGAUCCCCAACGGCUGGCUGUGUCACCUGGCGCCCGAAAUCAUCCAGCAGCUCUCUCCGGACACAGAGGAGGACAAGCUUCCUUUCUCCAAACAGUCAGAUGUCUUUGCUUUUGGCACCAUCUGGUACGAGUUACAUGCACGUGAGUGGCCUUACAAGAGUCAGCCAGCAGAGGUGAUCAUAUGGCAGAUUGGCAGCGGGAUGAAGCCCAACCUCGCCCAGACCGGCAUGGGGAAGGAGAUAUCGGACAUUCUGCUCCUCUGCUGGGCCUACAAGCAGGAAGAGCGGCCCAGCUUCUCCAAGCUGGUAGAUUUACUGGAAAAGUUGCCAAAAAGGAACCGCCGCCUUUCCCACCCAGGGCACUUCUGGAAGUCAGCUGAGUAUGUCAAAUGA